AUUUGAUCUAACGUGAUGAAUAUACAGUACAUGCAGUUGUAUUUAUGAACAGAAGUGACGUGAGGAUAGGCUGGUGCGUACCCAAAAUUCUCUGUCCAUCCGUCGCCCACCCUUACAUAAAUCCUAGCGCCGUCUCAAAUAAUUAAACCCUUCUAACUCGAACUAAUAAAAGUAAACGUUGUUCGAGUUUACGAAAGUGUUAGCGGAAUGUUUUCUCCCACGACGUGAAAAAACGUGAAGAAAAAUAUUAAUAUAUAAUAGGCUACAAUAAUUUAUUACAGAAGUUUUACUGAGCCUUAUAGGAUAUACUGCCAAAUUUAUUAUUACAAGAAAUAAGCUCAAAGAAUUUCAUAACUAUAAUAUGCAGCAAUGUAAAGUCUUUAGUAAUUUUAAUGCACGGUAUCGUAAAGACUUCCGGAUGUCGAAAAACACUCGUUAAUUAUAACUUUUUUAUUGCCAAGAAAUUUUAAAUUACUGCAUAGUUUUCGAAAAAAAAUUGUCUGGGUUGGUGGGGCUUACUGUAUAGUACGUUCCAUGAUUAAUAGAUGAACUUUGUAACGUAGACAUUAAUAUUCUAUGUAUGGAUAUAAUUUUUAUCGAUGGUUAAUUUGGCUCUAUAAUUAAUGGCGACUAUAGGGCAGGAGUGUUCUCCCUUUACAACAGUGAAGAAAUGAAUGACACGUUUCUGAACUGACCAUUUCGAAAUAACAGAUGUGUUACAAUUCAGCAAUGACAGAUGAAAUUCGAAUUGCUGGACCAUUCAGCCUAUUCACCGGAUCUCCCCCUAACAGAUUAACAUCCCUUCCCAGCUAUAAAAAAAAACAUCUGAAGAGGAUGAGAUUUGCUUCUGAUCCUUGGGGUUUUAGAGGGCUGGUUUGCAGAUCAACCUAGGAAGUUCUUUAUGUAGAAGUAAAACAAUUGGAGAAAUGCCGUAAUAAGUGCGCAGGCUUGAAGAGUGAUUAUGUUGAAUAAAAUAUACUCAGUUUAUUAAGUUUCCUUUACCUUCUAGGUAAAGUCGCAAUUUUUCAGCAUCUUCCCUUAUAUGUGUCUGAAAAACUUGUAUUUUCUCUUCCAAAUGUAUAAAAUUCAAGUUUUAUAAACGAAUUAUAUAACGCAUACGAAGAAUUUUGAAUUUCCCCUACAAGUUUAAUUUAUUACUGUUCGUUGAAUGAUGAUGAAAAUCCUUCGGAUGAUAAAGGACCAACAGAAAUAGUAUUUCGAAUAUUUCGAAUGGAACACGAAGUGGAUUACGACAAAAUUGCAACUAAAGCCAUUAUUUUCACUCUGCUCUCAGAAAGAAAAAUUGGACCCAAAUUGCUCGGUAUUUUUGCCGAAUAUAGAUUAGAAGAAUAUAUACAAGGUGAUGGUCUAACUUAUGAAGAGUUAUCAAAUCCAAAUACUUCCAUCGCAGUAGCUAAACAUUUAGCUAAACUUCACUCGUUGCAACUUCCUAUCGAGAAAAGAAUAACAAUUUUUAAGGAAACAAAAAGAUAUUUAUCAGAAAAAUCGCAAGAAGAAUCUUCGAAAAUUUCUGAACUUAUUUCGUCAUUUAAUCUGAUGGAUGAAUUAGAAUGGCUAACAAAUAAGCUGGAGAGUAUGAAACUUUCCGUAGUUUUCUCCCACAAUAACUUAAAUGCAUCCAAUAUUAGGAUCGAAAAUAAUAAUAAGUUUUGUAUGGAAGAUCGAAUAGUAUUCUUAGGAUUUUCUCGAUGCUCUUAUAACUACAGAGCUUAUGACAUUGCCGAAUAUUUUUUUCAAUGGUGUAUUGAUUGUCCGAAGAAUCCAUUUCAUGUAGAAAUUAAUUAUAAACGUUAUCCAAAUUUAGAACAACAGUUAUUGUUCAUUAGAACUUAUUUAACUUGGAGCUGUUGGCCUAUUAAUGAACGUAAUAAUCCUUCCAAUAUGGAAGAUCAUCUUUUAAAUGAGUUAAAAGUACUCCGUUUGGCAUCUCAUCUAAUUUCCAUUUCUAGAACUGAAGAUUAUUCAAAGAAAUAUUUCAAUUAUUUGGAUUUCAUCAAAGCUAGAAUAGAACGUUACUUUUAUGAAAAGAAAAAGUUCCUACAGGAGUAAGAAUCAAAGAUAUCAUCUAAAGAAAUGAAUGUAUGAUGAAAAUUUUGUAUAGUUUAUUGACAAAAGUUGAAAUUAUACUUUAUUUCCACCACAAAAAAGAAACUUAUAAUGUAUUAUAUAGUUGUAAUAAUUAAAAUAUUUAAAAAAAAAUUAAUUUUUUUUUUAAUUCUGGAUAAUUCUAAAUUAUGAGCAAUUCUUUUAGAUUUUAUCCUAAAGAUACUUGGAAAUACU